AUGAAUACGCCGUUAUCAGACUACAUUCAGAAGGUGUGCUUGCUGGUGAAUUUGGAGGAUUCUCAAAAAUUCAGGUCUUGUAUAACCAUUAACCCGGGGAUUAACGAGGGUACUAUCAGAGCCCAUUUUCCAGAACCCAAUGAUUUCGAUCUCCAUCCGAUCCCAGAAAAGUUCCGUAAUGUUGUUAAGAGCUAUUUGAAGUUGAUGAAAUCGGUGUACAUUGCAAAUAGCAUCAAUGCGUCGUUUUUCGAUUUAAACGAAAUGGUAAAUAAUUUGAACAGAGCAGCAGACACGCAGACUAAUUGGAUCAAUCAACCGCUAAUCAAUGCAUGCACGGAGUUAAUAAGUGUUUACCAGGUCAGACUGAAAAACUUUCCGGAGGAGGAAGAAAUGGAGCUUUCUAAUUUGGAAAACAACGAGUAUGGUAACUCAUCGUCGUCGUUAGAGCGCUUAGCUGCGACCAUAAAUGGGCUGUUUAAGUUGUCGCUAAACGAUAAAAAUCUUGAUUUGUCUCAAUCAAAAAGGUUGGAUAUUUACUUCUUCUUGGGAAAUCUCAUUAAGAUUUACUUCAAGUUAGGUAAGCUAGAGUUGGCGAAGUCGGUGGAGAAGGCCUUAAAAGGUACUAGGUUCAACUUACCGAAAUUAAACGGUGCUGGUUCCUCAAAAAGGUAUGCAGUUACGUAUUUGUAUUAUAGUGCAUUACUUUCGCUUGAUGACGCAGAUUUCACUACAAGCGAAGAGAAAUUAGUAAAGGCAAUGGAGAUUUUGUCUUGCUAUAAAGACCCCAAAAAUGUGAAAAAUCAAACAGAGAAAAUAUUGAUUAUUUUGUUACCAUUAAAGCUUUAUAAUAAGCGAUUAACUCCCUCUAACGAAAUCUGGGAGAAAUUCCCAAAGUUAAAGUUCAUGUAUAAAGACAAUUUGUUUGAUGCCAUAAAGAAUGGUAACUUGAAAAAAUUUGACCAAGCCUUAACCAAGUACCAAUUAAUUUUAUUAAAAAAUCAUCUUUAUCUAUUGUUUGAAAUGAUGAAAUCUUUAUGUUAUCUAAAGCUUGUUAAAAAGACCGUCUCGAUUAUUCAUUCGCUAAAUUCAGAAACUAAAUCUCAUAUUGUUCCAUUAAGUGCUAUCCAAUUAGCUCUAGAAUUCUCAACAAAUGAUUCGUAUAAAGAAUCUGAUAAAUUCGCAUAUAACUUGGAUGCAGUUGAAUGUAUUUUGGCAAAUUUAAUAAGUAGUGGUAAGAUAAAAGGUUACCUAUCUCACGCUAACAGGUGUAUAGUGCUAUCAAAAGCUAACGCAUUUCCUAGUCUAGAAUAUAAAUAA